CGCGGGGGCUGCGGGGCCGACGGGGGAGCGGCCCCGGGCCGGGCCGAAUCUUCCCGCUCGCCUCUGCCCGGCUGCUGCAGGCUGCAGCGGCGCUGGGCAGGUCCGCUCCUGCCUCUCCCCCUGCCAGGCCGCUGGAGGAGGCAAUGAACUGCUCCUUUGCAGCAAACGUCUUUGCAGCCCCACAGCACGCACCUUGCCUCGCACACCCCUUCCCCGAAGGGCCAUGCAUAGCUGAGGCCACAUCCUGACUGAUCCACACGCUGAUCCACAGCCCUUCUGUCAGCAGCAGAUGGGGGACAGGAGGAAGCAGACAGGAAAGGUGGGAGAUCCAGCCCUGAGAGUUCCAGUUUGUCUUAAAGUUGGAAGGCAUCAGCCACCUUCAGCCUCUGUCCCAGCACAGGAAUGCUCUCAAUAUUGGUCACCGUGGGCUUUCUCUGCACAGCCACUGCCAUUGUCCAAGAAAUGGAAGUGACUCAGCCAGCAAUGGUGCUGGCCAACAGGCAAGGAGUUGCCAACUUGGUGUGUAAAUAUGAGCAUAUUGGGAAUGCAAAGGAAAUUCGAGUGACUCUGCUUAAACAGACAGGUGACCAGUUCACUGAAAUUUGUGCUUCAACCUACACAUCGGAGUUUAAAACCCUCAUUGUAGAAGAGGUCAUUCAGUGCCAUGUCAGCCCUAGCCGAAACAAUGUGACCCUCACCCUCACUGGUCUGCAAGCUAAUGAUACUGGUCUUUACAUCUGCAAGAUGGAGAGGAUGUACCCUCCACCCUAUUUUAUGAACAAGGGAAAUGGAACGCAUCUCUAUGUCAUUGAUCCAGAACCUUGUCCAGACACAGCCAUAUAUCUAUGGGUAUUAGGAGCAACUGCCUCAGGACUUUUUCUUUACAGUAUCAUCAUCUCAGCCAUUCUCGUGGGCAAAGUGGUAAGUCCAUCAACUCAGGCCCGUCCUGCUAAUAACACCCCUUUGUGUGAUGGGGAUAAGGAGAAAGAAAAGAGAACAGGGAAGAACACUGGGAACAAAUGCCCUGGGAUUCUCCUUUUUACUGACUCAAUCAAUGCUGUCACAAUUAUGCAAAUUGAGAGAACUUGCUGGAACUGCCAUUUAGAUUUGUUUAUGGCUCAUUUGUGUUGCCAGAGUACCAGAAAGCAGUCAGCUCAGGUCAGCAGGACUGACCCUUGGCAGGAGCACCCUCAAAGGGCUACAUGAAUGGCAGGAAUUUGCUUUUCGCUAAAUGGCCCCUGUAACUCCUGAUUCUCCCUCAAAUGGUCUCAAUGGGUCUUCUACAAAGAGGGGUGAAAGGGAAAGGUGUCUAGAAUACCUUCUGCUCAGGACAGGAGUAACAUUCAUCAGUUCUCUCCAAAAUGUGCUGGUCAAUGACUAUGCUGUAAUCACUUGUUUAUUUUACUGUCUUCCUGUAUUUUAUAGAUAAAGAGAAGACGAUGUCUCACUACUGGGGUCUAUGUGAAAAUGCCUUCUGAAAAGAUAGAGAAAAAAGUGAUUCCAUUCCACAUCACUGUUAACUGAAACAAGGAAAGAAACCAUUUCCUAGAUGGGAUGGAGAGUCUGCUAAUUCACCUAAGUUAAAGAAACAAAAUUAGCUGUCUCAUUACAAAGGUGUAGAGGAAGCAGAAUAUUCUUUGUAACUUCUACUCUUUGAAGGAGAAUAAAUAGUUUAUGCAUUAAUAUUUCAAGGUUGACCCUGUCGCAUAAAAAUGGCUACAUUAGGCCAUUGAUUCUUUGAGUUGUAUUGUACCAAUAUGUAGUCUAUAUAUAUACAUUAUACAUAUAUGUAUAGCAUUAAGAGUUAUUGCUGUUGCAGCUGUCACUGUCAAAUUUCACCAUGUCUAUCAAUUAACUGAAAUCCAAACACUAUUACAACAGCCUUGUGUGUCAUUUCAAGGCUAAUCCUAUCGGUCUGGGAGCAAAGGCAGAAGAGCACACUAAUGUACAAAGGAAUGCUAACUUGUUCCCUUGCAUUGUUAUUUAUUGCUUCCAUUUCUGGCAUUAGUGCUCUGCACUGCCACCGUAGGCUUGCACUGGUGACACUGCUGCUCUAAAAGCCUGAUCUCAGCUCCUUUCACUGGCAUUGUGUCCCAGCAGUGCUGGGCUGGAGUUAACACUGACGAUAUCUGAGCCAGUGCUGACAGCUUGGUUGUGGAGAAAAGCUACCCAGCGGGAGCCCUCUUAGGCUGUUGCUGGGAGGAUAUUCCAGCUGUGCUGGGGCCUUGUGUUUUACAAAUGCUAAAUUAGCAUCUAUCCAGAAAGCAGAAGUAUGUUGCUGUGUUUAACUGAGUCUAUUUUCCAUGAAAAUACCAACAGUGUAUAAUCUUGUUUAUUACUUAUGUACAAUUCAAUAAAAACCUUGAAGCUUUGCCCAAA